GCCCUGCCCAGCCGCUGGGGCGUGGCCAGGCUCGACGCACCCAGGUGCCGGGGGCCGACUCUAAGCCCUGGCACCAGAAGGGAGAGGGCGGCGGAUUGGACCUCCCGGCUCGAGCAUUGCAACUGGGAGCUCCGUCUCCGGGUCCACGCAAUGAUGCCGCGGCUGCUCGCAAGCCAGGUAGGCUGCCGCGGGUGAAGCCUUCACGGAGGUCAAUGCCGGGGCGGAGGGGCAGGGCGCGGUCCCCCACAUCCCCGAUCUGGGGAGCGGUGGGUCAAGGGGCCAUCGCCCUAGCCCGGGGCGCUGGGGCUCGGCGCCAAGUGAGGGGCGGGCCUCCACCUUCCAGCCAUCUGCCCAGCCCGGGAAGGCGGACGCUGAGAAACUCCCGGCCGCGCCCCCUCCUUCCUCCCCUCCCCAAGCCCUCGCUGCCAGUCCGGACAGGCUGCGCGGAGGGGAGGGCUGCGAGGCCGAAGAGCCGGACGCCUGGCGUUCCAGGGGCGGCCGGAUGUGGCCUGCCUUUGUAGAGGGCGCGCUCCGGCCACGCAAAGCGGACUGUGGAUCUGCCACCUGCAAGCAGCUCGGCCAUGUGGCCCCCGAGCCGUCGUCAGCUCUGCCUGGCCUUCCUGCUAGUCUGUGUCCUCUCUGCGCUCUCCUUCUUCCUCCAUAUCCACCAAGACAGCUUUCCACAUGGCCUACGCCUGUCGAUCCUGUGUCCAGAUCGCCACCUGGUGACAUCCCCGGUGGCCAUCUUCUGCCUGCCAGGUACCCCGGUGGGCCCCAACACCUCCUCUUCCUGUCCCCAGAACUCUGCCUCCCUCUCCGGCACCUGGACUAUCUAUCCCGAUGGUCGGUUUGGUAAUCAGAUGGGACAGUAUGCCACGCUGCUGGCUCUGGCCCAGCUCAAUGGCCGCCGGGCCUUCAUCCUGCCUGCCAUGCAUGCCGCCCUGGCGCCGGUAUUCCGCAUCACCCUGCCCGUGCUGGCCCCAGAAGUGGACAGCCGCACACCGUGGCGGGAGCUGCAGCUUCACGACUGGAUGUCGGAGGAGUAUGCGGACUUGAGGGAUCCUUUCCUGAAGCUCUCUGGCUUCCCCUGCUCUUGGACUUUCUUCCACCAUCUACGGGAACAGAUCCGCAGGGAGUUCACCCUGCACGACCACCUUCGGGAAGAGGCGCAGAGCGUGCUGGGUCAGCUCCGCCUGGGCCUCACGGGGGACCGCCCGCGCACCUUUGUGGGCGUCCACGUGCGCCGUGGGGACUAUCUGCAGGUUAUGCCUCAGCGCUGGAAGGGUGUGGUGGGCGACAGCGCCUACCUCCGGCAGGCCAUGGACUGGUUCCGGGCACGGCACGAAGCCCCGGUUUUUGUGGUUACCAGCAACGGCAUGGAGUGGUGUAAAGAAAACAUCGACACCUCCCAGGGCGACGUGACGUUUGCUGGCGAUGGACAGGAGGCUACACCGUGGAAAGACUUUGCCCUGCUCACACAGUGCAACCACACCAUUAUGACCAUUGGCACCUUCGGCUUCUGGGCUGCCUACCUGGCUGGCGGAGACACUGUCUACCUGGCCAACUUCACCCUGCCAGACUCUGAGUUCCUGAAGAUCUUUAAGCCAGAGGCUGCCUUCCUGCCCGAGUGGGUGGGCAUUAAUGCAGACUUGUCUCCACUCUGGACAUUGGCUGAGCCUUGAGAGCCGGGGAGAUUUUCUGAAAUAGCCUGAUCUUUCUAGAGCCAGCAGUACAUGGCUCUAGGCCUGGCAUCUUCUGGAGAAGUCUGUGGUGUUCCUGAAGCAAAUGGGUGCCCGUUUCCAGAGCGAUUCUAGUUGGGAGAGUUGGAGAGAAGGGGGACCUUUCUGGAACUGUCCGAACAUUCUAGAACUAGCAAAACAUCUUUUCCUGAUGGCUGGCAGGCAGUUCUAGAAGCCACAGUGCCCAACUGCUCUUCCCAGCCCACAUCUACAGUACUUCCAGAUGGCUGCCCCCAGGAAUAGGAAACUCUCCCUCUGGUCUAUUCUAGAAGAGGGGUUACUUCUCCCUUGGGUCCUCCAAAGACUGAAGGAAAAUAUGAUUGUCCAGAGCAAACAUUCACCAAGUCGCCUUCUGUGUUUCUGGAGUGAUUCUAGAGGGAGACUUCUUCUAGAGAGGGCCAGAUUUGAUGCCUGUAAAGAACCCUGCAGGGCCCUUAGAGACAGGAUGGGGUUCUGGAAAUCUAGAUAACUAAGGUGAAUAAUCUUUUUAGUUUUUGUUUUCUCGCCCUGUUGCCCAGGCUGGAGUGGCCUCGCCCUGUUGGGUCUCGCCCUGUUGCCCAGGCUGGAGUGCAGUGGCGUGAUCUUGGCUCACUGCAACCUCCGCCUCCUGGGUUCAAGCGAAUCUCCUGCCUCAGCCUCCUGAGUAGCUGGGACUACAAGCACACGCCAUCAUGCCCAGCUAAUUUUUGUAUUUUUAUGUUGGCCAGGAUGGUCUUGAUCUCUUGACCUUGUGAUCCACCUGCCUCGGCCUCCCAAAGUGCUGGCAUUACUGGCAUGAGCCACAGUGCCCGGCCCGGAUAAUUUUAUUUUUUAUUUAUUUAUUUAUAUAUAUUUUUUGAGACGGAGUCUCUCUGUAGCCCAGGCCAGAGUGCAGUGGCGCGAUCUCAGCUCACUGCAAGCUCCGCCUCCCGAGUUCAUGCCAUUCUGCCUCCGCCUCUGGAGUAGCUGGGAC